AUGAGUGAGACCAACAUCCGGAUCAGUGUAAAAGAUACAUUCAGAAUGACUUCCACUCUGGGGAGAGUGUACCACAUUGCAGUGUUCGGCUGGUAUGCUUUGGUUUUGAAGAGUCUCAUUGCCAAGGAUGGAGAGGAGUUACCCCCAGGAAUCUUUGUUUAUGGAGGACCUUGGAAGUAUCUCACUUUUUUGAAUUUGGUAUUACAAACGGUGUUCUUUGGUUUGGCGGCAGUAAAUGAUCUUCAUCCUGGGAAAACAGCAGAGAAGACUCUGGGCAGAUUGAAAGACUUCCUCUUCUCUGUUUUCGCCUUUCCUGUGGGCAUGUUUGUUGUUCUACUUUUCUGGUCAAUCUUUGCCUAUGACAGAGAGUUAGUGUACCCAGCGACUAUUGACACCUUCAUCCCUCCCUGGAUAAAUCAUGCUGUGCACACGUUUGUCCUUCCUGUUUUACUUGGAGAAGUGCUGGUUCAGCCUCACACCUACCCACAGACUAAGAAUGCGCUGGCAGCUUUAGGAGCUGUGGGUUCAGCCUAUUUAUCUUGGAUUGUAUGGGUGUACUUGUCAGUUGGCAUUUGGGUUUAUCCUCUUCUUGGGUACUUCAGUACUGCUGGUCUGGUUGGUUUCUUCUUUUUCAACAUGACUGUGGUGACCUCGCUCUACCUGCUCGGGGACAAGCUCAACAGCCAUUUCUGGAGCAAGGGCACGAAAAAAAUGACAGCCAAAGCAAAGUAAUUGCCACAUAAACAGCUCUCUGCACUGCGCCCCUGACAUAAACGCUACGGU